AUGGAAGACAACCCAACUUUGCGACGGUUACUUGAGCAGAUAGAGUUGAUGCGACAGCAACAUGCAGAAGCAAUGGAAAGUCUUCGUAAGCAACAUGAGGCCGAUCUCCAACAAAUGCGUGCUAAGCACGCUGCUUUUAGAACUCAAUGGCAACACCAUCAACCACCACACCAUGCCAGCCAUGUUUCCCCUUCCACUGAGGAACAUCAUUCUUCCCCAAAUCCCACCUAUCCAACUCGGUCUCAUCGCUCUGAGCAGACCCAUAUUAGUCGUCCAGUCGAUGAUCGUCACUCGGUUUGUCGACAUCCUUUUAUCGAUGGAAUCAUGGAAGUUCCUCUUCCACCCACCUGGAAACCGUUAAACAUUGAGCGAUAUGAUGGCCCCUCAGACCCAGAUGAGCACAUCGAUGCAUACAUCACUCAAAUCAACCUCUACACAAAUGAGGACGCCAUCAUGUGCCGUGUGUUCCCCACCUCCCUUAAAGGUGCCGCCCUUAGUUGGUAUACCCAAUUGCCACCCAGAUCGGUUGACAACUUCAACACUUUAGUGCGCCUUUUCUCCGCCCAAUACGCCACCAGUAGACCUCAUCACAUCACAUCGGUCGCGCUUUCAAAUCUACGACAACAGGAUGACGAAUCUUUACGGCAUUUCAUGGAGCGUUUUGCCAACGUCUCUAUCAAAAUCCGCAACCUAAAUCCUGAGGUUGCCCUUCAUUCCAUGCUUAUGGCACUUAAACCCGGGCCUUUUGUUGACAGCCUCUGUCGACACCAACCGGCAAGCAUGGAUGAACUCAGAGCACGUGCUGCUGGGUAUAUUCAAAUGGAGGAACACGCUGAGUUCCGUAACUCGGUCCGUGACAGUAUCACUACCAGGGGCGAGUCCAGCAGUAAGGAGAAGCCAAAGAACGACUUCGAUCAAAGAUCUAAGAGACCUUGUCAAGCACGAGGUCCCAGGUAUGAUUUUUAUACACCUCUUAAUGCUCCUCGAGUUAACAUUUUAGAGGAAGCUAACCAUGCAGAUAUGAUAUCCUUACCUCCCCCGGCACACAACUCGGCCAAUGCCGACAAGAGCAAGCAUUGUCGAUACCACAGAAAUCAUGGACACACUUUGUUAAAAAAGGGGGCGCUGUAG